UAUGCGCUCCAAGUAACGUCACAGAAUGCAUUAUAUAAUAAGUUCGCGCGCCGCUGAGUUGCUCUCAGUUGUGGCAGGAAGGAGCAGCUGCGAUUAAGGUAUACACAGCAGACAUAACUGAAAAACAAGCUACAACAAUGGAACGUUGGUCAGGUCGUGUUGCCGUGGUAACGGGAGCAAGUGGAGGGAUUGGAGCCGUUCUAGCCCAAGAACUCGUGAAGAAAGGACUCAAAGUAGUCGGCCUGGCACGAAGAGUGGAGAAAAUUCAGGAACUGUCGGGCAAUCUCAAGACGGCACCAGGAAAGCUGUACGCGGUAAAAUGUGACGUAACCAAAGAAGCAGAUGUUAAAGAUGCCUUCAAAUGGAUAAAAAGUAACCUUGGAGGGGCUGACAUACUGAUCAACAAUGCUGGAGGUGACAGCUCCAACACACUUAUUGACGGUCCUGCUGAAAACUGGAAGUCUAUUUUCGACCUGAAUGUCCUGGCUUUGAGCGUUUGCACGAAGGAAGCAAUCCAGUCCAUGAGAGAACGUCAAGUGGACGAUGGACACAUUGUUCACAUUAACAGCGUUGCGGGUCACAUUAUACUUCCUGCAGAAUUUGGAUUUUCAAUGUACAGCGCCUCCAAACACGCCGUCACGGCGCUGACAGAGGGACUCCGACGGGAACUCGUCAACCUCAAAUCCAAAAUCCGUGUCACUAGUAUCAGCCCGGGUGUGGUGAAAACAGACUUCCUGAUUUCUUCCGGAACUAAUGUCGUCACGCCGGACGCCAUGUAUUCAAGCAACCCCUACUUGUUGCCAAAAGACAUCGCGGACGCAGUACUGUUUGCCCUCGGAUGCCCUCCACAUGUUCAGAUCCAUGAGCUUAUCAUCCAACCAGUUGGAGAAAAAUUCUAAAAACAGAAAGUGGGACACGUAACUACUGUAUUGCAUAUACACGUAUUUUACGUAUGUUUUCUGAGGAACCUCCCAGAAGAUCUGCAUUCGAAGUUGAUAUGAUGAACUGUCAUUAUCGGACUUCAAAUUCAAACUGAAUUAUUAUGACAAAGAGUGUUCUGAUGUCAAUAAAGCAGGCGAACAUUAUUAUAUUAUAUUAUCAUGCAGUAACAAUUAAAUUACCCGCUUAUGAGAACACGAUA